AUGAAAAGGUCCCGGGAGGAUGGAUACAUGGCCUCGAAUAUGAAGUGGCAGAACUCUUCCCGAGGGGAUCCGUGAGUAUCGUUACCUCGUUGCCUUCCUCCCUAUUUCUAUUUGGUAUAUUUUUUUGGUGUAUUUUUUGGCCGUUCUCCUUUGGUAGUCCUGCGCGGUGUUUGAGGUUUCGGGGGUUAGAUCAAGGCCGUACUUAUUUUUCAUGAGACGAUUUGGUGGAAUGGUUAAGGAUAAAAUUAUUCUUUUUCUAUUUUGUUCCUCUUUUCGCGGCUCUGAAUCCCUACGCUCUGUACUUGCGUCUAAUUUACUUGGUUACAUAUGGUGAGAUAUGCCAAGGAGGAAACUCUCUAUUACGUGCAGGAUUUUGAUUCUCUAUUUAUCUUCGUUGGGACUUUUUCAUCUUCUUGCCUCAGUCGAUCUAUUUCUGGUUAUUCAGCUUUCGCUUUUAUCCUCUGGUUUGUUACAUGCGGACAUGUCUUGUUUCUUAAAUGGCGAUAACGCCGGGAACGCGGGUAUUUUUAUUAUUUUUCGUCGCUAAUUAUAUCCGGUGCCAGCAUGCAUGUAGUAAUUGACUCGGACGAGAGGCACGCUUGAUAUUUAUUUACAAUUCCUCGACCUCGUUUUUCUUCCGCGAUAAUUGAAUAUUUGGAUGUUUUCUCUGUACUAGUUUCGAGAUGUUGCCUAUGAUCUUUUGAUACUUGAUAAAAACAUUGAUUUUUCAGGUCUUUGUUGGUACUACCCUAGUGUUUCUUUUUUUAGAUCGAUGGUUGCCUUGAACAUCAGAUGCGUUGAUAAUUUACAAUCUUGAAACUAUUUUCUGUUGCUUAUAAUAUGUUGAUUUUUAUGGCGUCAAUGACAAAGGUCUGGGCAAAUGUCUACGGCCACUGCAACUACUGGCAGUGGUGCACAGAAACUGACAACCAAUGAUGCCCUAGCAUAUUUGAAGGACGUGAAAGAAAUAUUCCAGGAUAAAAGAGAAAAAUAUGAUGAAUUCCUUGAAGUGAUGAAGGAUUUCAAAGCACAGAGGUUUGACUUGCAAUGGUUAAAUUUGGGAUUCCUACUUACCUGUCUUGUCCUCGUUUUUUCUCUUACACUGUUCUUUACUAUUCUUGCAGGAUAGAUACGGCGGGCGUUAUUGAGAGGGUGAAAGACCUGUUCAGAGGGCAUCGGAACCUGAUUCUGGGCUUCAACACCUUCUUGCCUAAAGGAUAUGAGAUCACUCUCCCUCCUGAAGAGGAGUACCAACAGAAGAAGCCUGUUGAGUUUGAGGAAGCUAUCAAUUUUGUGAAUAAAAUAAAGGUGAACGGAACAGAUCGGACCAUCGUGUUAGUGUGUUUAUGUUUUUCAUUUUAUUCUAUGCUACGUACUGACUUUUUUUUCCUUCAUUCUUCCAGACGCGUUUUCAAAAUGAUGAGCAUGUUUAUAAGUCAUUUUUGGAUAUUCUUAACAUGUACCGCAAGGAGAACAAGGGGAUUGGAGAAGUGUAUCAGGAAGUAUGUGCAUUACAUACAAUUCUUUUUUUAUAUAUAUUUUUUUGUGUAAUAUGUUGGGCUUAAAAUUUUGAUGUCGUCAACUGCAGGUAGCAGUACUGUUUCAUAGUCAUCAGGACCUCUUGGAUGAAUUUACUCAUUUCUUACCAGAUCAAACAGCAACAGGUCCCCAUUCGGCAGCAGGCAGAGGUUUCUUGCGACGGGAUGAGAAGAGCUCUGGUGUAGUUACUGCCAGGCAUGGACAGGUGGAUAAGGUAUUGUCUCAUACAUGAACGUUUACAUUUUUACCACUAAAUUGAACGCAGUUCUAUUUAGAAAUGAUGAGUUUGCAACAUGUUGUUGUUCAUCACAAGGACAUUUUUGCUUGAUCUUCGAAGGUGACUUACCUUUUACUGUAAAGAAAUAUUUGUCUUUAAAAUCUGGGCCAUUUUUAUGGAUGGAUAUGUUCCAUUGAAUACUUCUAACAUUUUUUCUGUCAUCUAUUUGCAAGCUUUUACGAUAUGGUUUUAUGUCUGUGAUAUGCCUUCAGAAUCUUCUGGGUCUUUUUGUUAGAUUAUGCUUAUGCCUUUUUCUACAUGUGUUUUAGAGGGACAAAGGAUAUAUUUCUCAUGCUGAUCGUGACGUCAGUGUUGACCGACCUGAGCAAGAGCAUGAGAAACAGAGGAAACGUUCUGAGAAGGAAAAGGAAAGAAAGGAUGACAGGGACAGGAGAGACCGUGAGCGGGAGGAUAAAGAUCUAGAGCAUGAUGUCAGGGAGAUGGAGAAUGCCCAUCGUAAGAGGAAAUCCUCACGGAGGGUUGAUGACUCACCCUCAGAGGUACCACACCAAGGUGGCGAAGGUGCUGAGAAUUUUGGCGUUUACUCCAUGACAGCUUCUUCCUAUGAUGACAAAAAUGCUCUGAAAAGUGAGUCACAACUGGGUAUUAUUGUGUUUGGAUUCAAAACUGCUUAUCCAUUCUACCAAGUUUUUGUCUAUCGCACUUGCUGAUGGUGCUUUGUUAUAAAAAAAACCGAAGUUAUGUUUCUGCUAUGUAGAAAGGAAGUUGUUGAAAUUAAAGUUGUCCGGAAAUGUUCUCUAUGAUAGUCAUGAGGGUUAUUUUUCUAUAUUGAGACUUAUUUCAAUGUUUUACAUUUUCCGCAACUAAGCAUUUUGGGAACAUCUGAUAAAACUGGAGUAAGGAUGUCUAUUUCAGGUGUCUAUACCCAAGAGUUCAAUUUCUGUGAGAAAGUCAAAGAUAAGCUUCAUGCUGAUACGUACCAGGAAUUUUUGAAGUGCCUCAACAUCUACAGCAACGAAAUUAUCAGCAGAACUGAACUAAAGAAUUUGGUACAGAUGCAUCACUCAAAUUACUUUUAUUUUCCAUUUUCUUGUGAUAUAUUUUAUUUAAUGGCUUAUGUCAACAUGAUCUCUUUUAUUUCAUGCCUCCUAACUUGCUCUUUAGGAGUAAUUAUUUCUUAAUAUUGCAUUCAGUAACACAUGCACAUCUCGAGAUGGCGUUUCUCUUUUAUGUCUACUUAUUUUCUUUUAUGCCAAUUAAACUUGAUCCUACGGAUGCUGUUAGGAAGUUGGUAGGUGGCUAAUGUUGCAACUACCAACGCGAUACUUGUCUGAGGUCCAACAAAAAGGGAAUAAAUAGCCAGUGAUCACUCGAGCAUUUGAGCGAAAACAUCUGCCCUUGUACCUGCCGCUUCCCCCUCCCUCAGGAAAAAAAAGAAAAGAAAAGGUCACCACACCAUUCUUGAGUCUCCUACCUUCGUGAUAUCGUUCUGAGCAACAAAAAGGGAACAAAUAGCUACUGAUUACUCAGGCAUUUGAGAGACAACAUCUGCCUUUGUAUCUGCCCCUUCCCCCUCCCUCAGGAAAAAAGAAAAUAAAAGGUCAUCGCACCAUUCUUGAAUCUCUUGCCUGAGCGGCAUCUUGUAUGGUUAUUUCAGUUCUUCAGGUAGUUAGUGGGAACUACUGUCAAUCUGAAGGAGAUUCUUUGCUUGCUUUUAGUUUUUUGUCUGUCAGAUCUCCUGAUUUGCCAAGAGGAAACUCUUUUGUCCAAUUGAAUGAUCUUCCUGGUUAUUGCUAAUCCUCUUGUGUCCGAUGAUAAUAUUUGCUUGAUACUCAUGUCGAUGGGUUGAUGGCAAUCACAAAUUCUGAUCAUCUAUCUUCAUCCUUUGGCUUGUUAGCGUAUGCAUCAGCUCACAGCUGACUUAGUAUUUUUCGUUCUAAUCUUCCUAAUCAUGGAACGUAUAACUAUGCUGGAUACUUUUGCACAUCUUUCAAAUUAUUCCUCUGUGAAAUAUUCUAAAUAUAUUUCCCCUCCUAAUCGGCAAUACUUCAAUUAUAGUUAUCCAAUAGCUAUUGUGUAUUGGUCUCAGGUUGGCGAUCUCCUUGGAAAGUAUCCUGAUCUUAUGGAUGGGUUCAAUGAGUUUUUGGCGCAUUGUGAGAACAUUGGUAAGGUCAACAAAUUAUUCUGUAUUGCAGAUGCAGGUGACUGCAUUUUUAAUUUGUCUGUGGCUGCUUUUUUCUGAAGUGUAUCUUUUUGUGCAGAUGGAUUUCUUGCAGGAGUUUUCAGUAAAAGUAUGUAGCUUUUCCUUACAAAGUUUUUUCAUUUCAUAAUUCCUUUAUUCGUAAUCUGCAUCAAGCUUUUCGCUCUGUUUUUUGUUUGAUUCACUGGAUGCACGUCUUUUCAUGCUUGCACUAGUUUGUCAGAGGUUUUAUUUUUUAUGCCCCUUUUACUAAUAUAACCUUAUGAAAUGAAGGAAAUAUAGCUAGACCGGUCAAGGUAGAAGAUAAAGAUAAAGACCGGGAAUCUGAGAGGGAGAAAGAUAGAGACCACGAGAGAGAGAGAGACAAAGACCGGGAAAGGCUAAAAGAUUCUGCAGCCCACAAGGUGCCUUCAGUUGUGAAGGAUAAAUACAACUGGGCCAAACCAAUUUCGGAGCUUGAUCUGUCCGCCUGUCAGCGUUGUACCCCCAGUUACCGUCUUUUGCCAAAGAGUGUAAGCCAUUUUUCAUCCGUGUCUUUUCCAUUUUUUGCUCUUUAUGUUAUGCUGAUUCCAUUCAUAAAAAUAUAUGGCACUUGCAGUAUCCAAUUCCUAAAGCAAGCAAUAGGACCGACCUUGGCGCUUCUGUGCUAAAUGAUGUUUGGGUAUCAGUAACUUCCGGUAGCGAGGACUAUUCUUUUAAGCACAUGCGGAAGAACCAGUAUGAAGAAAGCCUGUUCAGAUGUGAAGAUGAUAGGUAAAUCUUUUAUUUCCAUAAUGCUACACUAUUGUUUUGCCGCGGGUUGGUAGGCUGUGCUCGCUGGUAACCUUUAAUCGAUUUUCACUGAUAAAAAUCUUCUUCAUAGCUAUGAUAUGCUCCUUUGGACUUCUGUGUUUCCAUAAUAACCAACCUUAUUUUUUUUGUCCCUUCGAUUUAUUGUUUUACCAGGUUUGAGCUUGACAUGCUAUUGGAGUCGGUGAAUGUAACCACUAGGCAGGUGGAAGAUCUGCUAAAAGCAAUGCAUGAUAAUAUAAUAAAACCAGAAAGUCAGAUUCGUAUUGACGACCACCUUACAGGUCCGUGUGAAGAACUAAUAUUCUGUGGCGUUUAGUGUCCUUUUUCAAAGAUUACUUAUGAUUUUGUGCUUAUCUUGAAUAUUUUACUGUUUACAUGUAUAGCCUUAAAUCUAAGAUGUAUUGAACGAUUAUAUGGUGAUCACGGGCUGGAUGUCAUGGAUAUUUUGCGGAAGAACCCUGGUCUUGCACUUCCCGUCAUAUUAACUCGUUUGAAGCAGAAGCAGGAGGAAUGGUCAAAGUGUCGAGCAGACUUCAACAAGGUCUGGGCUGAAAUUUAUGCAAAGAAUUAUCAUAAAUCACUUGAUCACCGAAGUUUCUACUUCAAACAACAGGACACAAAGAACUUGAGUACUAAAGGUAUCAUUCUUCAUACUCUGUUUUCCUUUUUUUGCUCUGGGUGAACAUUAAGAUAGCUUUUUCUUUUACCUUCUAGUAUUUAGUGAUACGCAACCGAGAUGUCCCAUGUUAGGCGGGGGUGUCUUUCCGUGUCAUUCCCUGCCUUUGAUUAAAAUUGAAAAAAUCUCUUGAACUUUGGAGGUGAAUGUUAAGUCUAUUGGAUAAUCGGAGUUUCGAUCAUUUUUGGGUCAUCCAUUGAGUAGAUAUAAAUCUGUGAAUUGUUGGGAAAGCUCUGUCCAUUGUUAUGGCAUUCCCGUUAUUCUUCUAGUUACUAAUGGCUCUGAUCAUUGGAUGUCCAUUACCCUUGAGUUCAACUAACUUAGCCUGUUUCAAGCAAGUCCUCGAUGAUUCCGCUCCUCGGAGGUUACUCCAGUUUCAAACUGGGCCUUCUGUUGUUGCUCUGAUUAGUUGACUUCUUGAACCAAAAGUCUAUAUACUGCUGAAAAAUAAUUUAUGCUGAUGAAUCUGCUUUCUUGUUUAAUCGAUGCCCCUUUUCGCUGCUGCUUUCAUUGAGGUAUUCUGUGUGCUAUUUUGGUUUGAUUUAGAAGCUGUUCGGAGUUUGUCUAUUGAUCUGUUCCUAGUUUUAUGUACGAUUUUCCUGUAAUUUAUUUUAUAAUCAUUAACGAUGCUUUUCUUUACUUUUCAGCUCUGUUGGCCGAGAUCAAAGAAAUAAAUGAAAAGAAGCGGAAAGAAGAUGAUGCACUUUUUGCUAUUGCUGCUGGCAACCGACGACCUAUUGUUUCAGACAUGGAAUUUGAAUUUUCAGAUCCAGAUAUUCAUGGAGAUCUAUAUCAAAUUAUAAAAUAUUCAUGUGGAGAGGUCUGCUCCUCCGUUGAUCAGAUGGAUAAAGUCAUGCGGAUUUGGACUACCUUCGUGGAGCCAAUGCUCGGUGUCCCUGCAAGACCUCAGGGAGCAGAAGAUACUGAAGAUGCAGUUAAGAGCAAGAAUGUCACCAGCAAGAGCAACAAUACAAAAUCAGGGGAAGGUGACAGAAGUCCCCGUGCUGACACUGCUGCUGCAACGUCCAUACAGUUAAAUACUACCAGUAAUGGCAAUGAAAGCAAACCGGCCGAGGAAACAAGCUCUUGCAGGGCAAGGUCAGCCAACGGGGAUGUAGGUGAGAAAGAAGAUGCCUACGAUGCUGAUCGAGUUGCACAUCGAAAUGAUGCACUCAGUAGCGCCCUCUUGCAUGGAAAAGGACCAAACAAUCUUCAGACUGCCGAUGAGAUGUCAGGUGUAAGCAUGCAGACAGGUUCUGCUGAAAGGCUCACUGAUAACGGAUCAAUCGUCAUCAGAGGUGAGCCCAACUGUUGCAGGAACAGUCUGGAAAUUACAUCAGGUUUGUGCCCUAGAAAUAGCUGGAGACUUUUAUUAUUCUAGGAAAAGUGAGAAUGAUAAGCUUUAUCUUUUAUUUUAUCUAGGUGUCAAUGCAACUACUCCUUCAAAACCUGGUAGUGAUCCAGGGCUUGCAACCCGAGUUAGUAAUGAAGCUGUACAUUCUUCAGAGGUAUGAUCUCUUGGCUUUUCUUGUUAUGUAAUCUUCUUGGCUCGGUACUACCGGAUUUGACAUUUUCGGCGUUUGCUCUAGGGAGAUGAUAAUAUGAGGCCAGUCAUUUCUGUAAACGGAGGAUGUGCGAUGGAAGUCACCAAAGCUCACAGGUACCAUGAGGGCUCUACAGUGCAUGACAACUUCAAAGGUGAAAGGGAGGAGGGCGAGCUAUCUCCCAACGGUGACUUUGAGGAGGAUAAUUUCGUGGCAUUUGAAGCUGCUGCUGAGGCCGCACCUAACCCUCAGGAAGGUCCUCCCAGUCGGGCGUAUCAAGCCAAACCUGGAGAAGUAGAGGGUCGCUCCGGUGAGGCGGCAGGGGAAAAUGACGCCGAUGCAGACGACGAAGGCGAAGAAAGCGCCCAAAGAUCCUCAGAGGACAGUGAGAAUGCUUCUGAGGCUGGGGAAGAGGUCUCAGCCAGCGAGUCCGGUGAUGGUGAAGAGUGCUCUCAUGAGGAUCAUGAAGAGGAUGAUGACGCCGAUCAUGACGACCAGGAUGGGAAGGCGGAGAGUGAAGGUGAAGCAGAAGGAAUGGCUGAUGUACACGAUGCCGAGGGAGAGGGCACAUCAUUGGCAUUUUCGGAGUGUUUUCUGCACACAGUAAAGCCCCUGGCCAAGCACGUUCCUUCAGCGUUACUCGAUAUUACAGAGGAGAAAGGCUCCCGCAUCUUCUACGGCAAUGACUCUUUCUACCUGCUUUUUAGGCUCCAGCAAGUAUGAGAUACUAACGAUCUAGUCUCUUAUCAUUCCAUGCAUGCAUCUUGGCGCCACUCAUCAUCCACCUCUCUUGUGUUGCAGACUCUGUAUGAGAGAAUAUUCUCAGCGAAAAUGAAUUCGUCCUCCUCCGAGAGAAAGUGGAGAUCAUCAAAGGAUGCGAAUUCUCCCAACCUAUAUGCUAAGUAAGUUCCUUUUUUUUUAACCUCGCACAUAUCAUAUUUAUAUUCCUCAAUUAUUCAUAUAUCCCCUUCCUUGUUGCAUCAACAUGGUAUCCAGGUUCAUGAGCGCCCUCUACAAUCUACUCGAUGGCUCUGCCGACAAUACAAAGUUUGAGGAUGAUUGCCGUGCCAUCAUUGGGACUCAGUCCUACGUGCUCUUCACCCUGGACAAGUUGAUAUAUAAAGUGGUCAAACAGGUAUUUUCGCUUUCACUGUGGUCAAACCAGUUGACUUAUAUCUCUGAGACUCUUGCGAAAAAUUGCUGCAGCUUCAGGCUAUUGCGUCUGAUGAUACGGACAACAAGCUUCUCCAGCUAUAUUCCUACGAAAGAUCACGACGACCUGGGCAGUUUGUCGAUCUAGUUUACCAUGAGAAUGCUCGCAUCCUGCUUCAUGAUGAGAGCAUAUACCGGUUUGAAUGCGUGGGUUCUUGAUCUGACUUCAUUGCGCUCUAUGAGAGUUGACCUCCUAACCAAAGAAGCCGCCGCCGCGUUCGGCUGAUCUUGCUUGUUUCUUCUCUGCAGUCCUCCAACCCGGCCCGCUUUUCAAUACAGUUGAUGGAGUACAGCCACGAAAAGCCCGAAGUCCCCGCCGUCUCCAUCGAUUCCAGCUUCGCAUCUUACCUGAACAACGAUUUUCUCUCCAUCGUCCCCAGGAGGAAAGAUCCCCACAAUGUCUUCCUCGGAAGGUACGGCCGGGCCACAUCUCCCUCUAAGGAGCUCUCUCUCCUUUUAUUUGACUCGUGGUUGAUGGGCCCAUCCUCGCAGAAAUAAAAGGAAGCGCAUAAAUGGCGACGAAGACUCUCCCUCUUGCAAAGCCAUGGAAGGGAUCCGGGUGGUCAACGGGCUGGAGUGCAAGAUAUCAUGCAGCUCGUCCAAGGUGCUUCCUCUGGUAAAUGGAAAUGGGGUCUUUGGUCAAAUGCUUAUCCAUUGACUGCAUCUUUCUCCCCCAGGUUUCUUACGUUCUGGACACGGAGGAUCUCUUCUGCCGCAAGAAGAAGAGGAUUUCGUCUGGUGGGAGCUCAUCAUCAUCCUCCUCUCAGGAGCGGGCAAAUUCCUUGCACGCCGUUAAAGUCGAGCGUUUUCAUCACUUCCUGUCCAGCUCCUAA